AUGUCUGGGUCUUUAAAUGUCGUGUCUGGAGCUUCCUCUGGAUCAUCGAAUGGGCGUCGAAGAGGUAAACGAUUUGCAGGUGUCCCGAAGAAAUGUUGGUGUGGUGAAUCCAUCAUUCCAUUGAUGUCAAAAUCGACUCCCAAUCCCUACAGGAAAUACUUUCGAUGUCUGUAUGCUGCAACACAGAGGCUGGAGAAUGAUGAGCAUAUAUUCAAGUGGAUAGAUGAGGCAAUAUUGGAAGAUUUAGAAUCACUUGAAUCCAAAAAUGCAAGUAUUGAGCAACAUGUGAAAGAGAUUGCAAGAGAGAUAUUGUCCCUUGAGCAGGAAGUACUUGAUCGAGUUGAGGAAGUGCUGGCUGAAGAGAAAACAAAGAUGAAAAAGAUGAUGGCAGUCAUAUUCAGUGGUUGUGCGAUUUGUGUUGUGUCAAUGGUGCUUCUCGUCAAGAAAUGGUAA